AAGAACGUGUGUAGUACAGAGUCAUGUGAGUCUGCUACGCCACAGGCAGGAAAGAAACACAACAGAAAUACACAUUGAGUACUGAGAGUGAUCAGGGCACCAUGCUGCGCUGGAGAAUGCUCAUAGUUGGUCUUCUGUCCUGCUGCAUCAAGACAGGUGUCACACGAUAUCGAACUAAAGCCUUGUUCCCAGCUGUAAGCAGAAUAAAAAGAGGGCCGGUCCCCACCUUCCACAGCUCCUUCAACGAUGCUAAUCUAUUGUUUGAGAUCCUGUUGGCCGGCGUACAUUUUGACGCCAGUGGUGGAUUUUCAGUGGAAGACGCCGAACUGGCUUCGCUCCAGAAGACGAGAAUGCUGGACGUCAUCUGCGAGGAGGUCAUUCCCAUGGAGCUAACAGACAUAUAUAAGCUUGUAUCUGACCUUUCGAAUCACACUGGUCACCUGCACCAGGACGAUUUCGAACGUAUCCUCUUGACCUUGGUGUAUGUGUCCCAGAAGAUGGUUGAUUCCACUGCUGAACACCAAAGAGCGGCGUGGGCGGAGUCGUUCGUUAGCUUGUACAAAGCCAUCAAGAAGGAUCUGACAUUGGAAAACUGACAACACUGGUGAUGCUUCACAGUGGUUUCAUGUAUAGUUUUUAUAUGCACAUAAGAAAAAAGUCAUCCUGAUUUGUGCAUUGAGGCAAAAUUGCAAUUUGUAUACAGCAAGAAGUCAUGGAGAGAAAUCUUGACACAAACUGACAGCACAAGGAGGGAAAGUGACAUAGAUAAUGAAACCAAUUUUAAAGCCUCAAUGAAAUCACAUACUCUACGUGUCAACUAUAUGCCAAUAUAAUCCCGGUGAUAGCUGAGAAAAAAAGAAGUUGUUUUGUAGGUGUAUUUUAUGGAAUUUUAGAGUUUGCAAUUUCCCGAUGAGAGUUAAAGAACUUGAGAGUCUAUAUGAAUAUUGUGUCCAGUUAAACGCUUUUAAUAAAUUUCAUGUCUCAACUA